CGGGGCGGGGCCGCCAGAGUCCCGGAGCUGCCGGUUACUCUUCUGAGAGCCUUUCAGGAAAGCACAGGGCAGGGGGCAGAGAAGCCAGGGGGCGGGUGGCAGGCAGGCCCGGGCUGUGUAUUAGCCCAGGGACACCCACGGAAGCACCCAUGAACUAGAGAUGGUGCAACCCGGGCGCGCACGUGUGUGCAGCCCGCUGGCAUGUCUCUAUGCCCUAUGGGCACCUGUCUUGUGAGUAGCUGCGGGUGUGGCUGUUCCUGGAUGCUGUGGGUGUCAGUGAGGUUUGUAUCUUCGGGUCUGCCUCCCGCGUCUCCAGAGGGGAACUAAGAAGUUUAACUGAGCAGGGACACUGAGGAGAUUAAGAGAGUGGAUCUCGGAGGCAAGGCGGAGAGGGUGGGGACUGCGGGCGCAGCGGGUAGGGAAGCACCUAUUUAACUCAUCUCCCAGCCAGAAAAGCAUCUUGAAAAGGCUGGCGUGAUCCAUGUGGCUCAGAAAUGUCUAGAGAGCCCCGAGCGGUGAUGAUCACAGAGUGAGUGGCCCUGGGCUGAGCCUGUCUAAUUCGUGGACAAGAGGGAUGCUAGCAUUUAGAAAGGCCAGGAGGAAACUCAGGAUGGGGACCAUCUGCUCUCCCAAUCCCAGCGGGACAAAGGCGGCCUCGGAAGUCUGCAAUGCCGACUGGAUGGCCUCGCUCCCCCCUCACCUCCACAACGUCCCCCUUUCCAAUCUGGCAAUCCCAGGUUCCCAUGAUUCAUUCAGCUACUGGGUAGAUGAAAAGUCCCCAGUGGGGCCUGACCAAACCCAAGCUGUCAAACGCCUCGCCCGGAUCUCCUUGGUAAAGAAGCUAAUGAAGAAAUGGUCUGUAACUCAGAACCUGACCUUUCGGGAGCAGCUGGAGGCUGGGAUUCGCUACUUUGACCUACAUGUGUCCUCCAAGCCAGGGGACACUGACCAAGAGAUCUACUUCAUUCACGGGCUCUUUGGCAUCAAGGUUUGGGAUGGAUUGAUGGAGAUUGAUGCGUUCCUCACUCAGCACCCACAAGAGAUCAUCUUCCUGGAUUUCAACCACUUCUAUGCCAUGGAUGAGGCCCACCACAAAUGCCUGGUUCUGCGGAUCCAGGAGGCCUUUGGGAACAAGCUGUGCCCAGCCUGCAGUGUGGAGAGCAUGACACUGCAGAACCUGUGGGAAAAGAAGUACCAGGUUCUCAUUUUCUACCACUGUCCCUUCUACAAGCAAUACCCAUUCCUGUGGCCAGGAAAGAAAAUUCCAGCACCGUGGGCAAACACUACGAGUGUGCAUAAAUUGAUCCCCUUUUUGGAGACCACCCUGAGUGAACGUGCUCCACAUGGGGCCUUCCAUGUCUCCCAGGCCAUCCUCACCCCAAGAGUGAAGACCAUUGCCCGAGGCCUAGUGGGGGGCCUCAAGAACACACUAGUUCACAGGAAUCUCCCUGCCAUCCUUGAUUGGGUGAAGACCCAAAAGCCUGGAGUCAUGGGUGUCAAUAUCAUCACAUCUGACUUUGUGGACCUCGUAGACUUUGCCACGACUGUGAUUGAGUUGAAUGACCUUCUAGAGGACCGAGCUCUGACUAAGUGUUGAAUUAAUGCUUUGUUGAAUUGGAUGUUGAGAUUGUGGAUCUAAGGUAGGAUUCUAGAGGGUUCCAGUUAGGCUGGCUCACUCCUAGGCAGUCAUGAUGAAGUGAGGAAG